AUGUCUCUGUCCCACGUCGCGCGACGUCAUCUCUUCAACACCCUCACGCGACCAACCUCAAGAUCCUUCAGCACCACAAUGGCCCAAAGAAAAGAUACGUGGUCCGCAGACCAAUACUCCAAGUUCCUCAAAGACCGCACAAGACCUUCCACAGAUCUUCUAGCCCACGUGCCCAACGCGUCUCCCAAGCGCGUCGUGGAUAUUGGCUGUGGACCAGGCAACUCAACUGCUGUACUAGCAGAGCGCUAUCCCAAUGCCAAAGUCUCAGGCUUUGAUACUUCGCCUGAUAUGAUUCGCAAGGCAAAGGAGACGCUGCCUAACGUGGAUUUUGAAGUGGCUGAUUUGACGAGCUACAAGCCUGAGCAGCCUGUCGAUGUACUCUUUUCCAAUGCUGUGUUCCAGUGGUUGCCCAAUGGCAAACGCAUUGAGAUUGUUACACAGCUCCUCAACCAUCUUGCACCAGGUGGAAGUCUCGCCUUCCAAAUCCCCUACAAUCUGAACGAGCCUAGUCACGCGCUCAUGCGCGAAGUAGCAGCCAUGCCCAACAAACCCUGGAUCGACAUUCUUGCCCGCGCAAACAUUGAACGCGAUCAAUUUCCUUCACCGACUGAGAUUUGGGAUGGAUUGAAGCCUCUUUGUGCGGAUCUGGAUAUUUGGCAGACGACGUAUAUGCAUGUUAUGGAGAACCACGAGGGUAUUGUUGAGUGGGUCAAAGGAACUGGAUUGCGACCUUAUGUUGAUCCUUUGGAUGAGAAGGCGAAGGAGGAGUUUAUUAGUAUUUAUUUGGGAAAGUUGAAGGAGGCUUAUACGGCGCAGGUGGAUGGGAAAGUUCUUUUGCCUUAUCCUAGAUUGUUUGUUGUUGCGACCAAGGCUUAUGAAACGCUGCUGCUCAACUUUCAUGAUAUUCUUAUACCCCCUAUACCCGUCUACCGAAGCAUCAAAAAUUCCUUCACGUGUCACCACCGGAGUUUACCAUUCCUCCCCGGCAUCGCCAAGAACAUCACCACCACCACAAUUUGCAUGGCAGACCGCGAAGAAAGUAGUCCAGCCCUCGAGGCGCCCUCCGACGAGGGUCCUCCCUCCAAGCGCCAGCGCGGCUUCAUUGCACGGCAGGCGACGCGAAAUGAAGCGUCGCUGGGAAUGAUCGUCAAUAUCCUCCGUCGCAUCGAAGGUAAAAUUGACGAUGGCAAACAAACAGACGCAACGCCCCUAGAAGCAGCUCGUAUGCUCUCAACAGCUUUGCGACCAUUCAAUCCCAAAUCCCCCGCCAACUCAAGCGAAGUCCUCGGAGUACCUUCAUUUCUCGCACGCCGCGACACCAUCGUCGAAACACCAAGUGAUCCCAAUCCGGCGAUAUCAUUCAGCGCGCAUCAGGUUCUCUUCUGGCCUGCUAUCCAGUCGGCGCUGCCCGAGUCUGUGAAGUUGAUGUGUCAGAUGAAUGGUCCGACGUACUCAACGCGCCUGGAAGCUGCACGGCCGAAACUACCGCAUUCCACAUCGGUGGAUAUGUCGUCUGAGUGGCUUUCUAAGCUAAGCAUCGCAACGUUGAAGGAGUUGUCGGAUGUGUAUUUCACAACUUUCAAUCUCGCCACGCCGAUCUUGGAUCAGAAGACGUAUUUUCAGCGUACGUUGGGCGUAGCAAUUGAUGGCAGCUUUGGGAUCUGCAUCGAAAGUUGUAUCGUCCUCGUCGUUAUGGCGCUGGGAUUAAUGGGACAGAAAGCGUUGCGGGAAGCGAGGUUUGCGUCGACGCCUGUGUCGACUCCGUAUCCUAGCGAGCAGGAAGAUGAGAUGCCGGGCUUAGACUUUUUCAACGAAGCGAGGAAGAGAUUUGGCUUUUUGAUGUGCGAGCAGGAUCUUCAGGCUUGUCAGUUCUAUUUGCUCUCAGGCCUGUUUUAUGCAGAGGCUCUUCGACCAUUGGAUUGGUGGUCAAUGCUAAGCAAAGCAAGCGCAUGCAGCGCUUUCUUCUGGAACAAUGUAUCACGAGAUCGCGACGAAUGGAUGUUAGACAUGCAAUCCCGCCUCUUCUGGAUAACAAGCAUGUUCGAAGCCGUCCUCUCCCAAGAACUCAACCUCCCACCAAGCAACUCCCUCCAACUCGAAGAACACAUCGCAUUACCAAAGUUCAUCUCCGCACGAGAUAUAGCAUCCUUUGGAUCAUUUCGAUAUCCGGGUGAUGAUCCCUUUUUCCACUAUCACUUCCUGUCGCAGCUUGCGCAUCGGCUUAUCCUCACGAGGGCGCGUAAUAGUCUUUUUCAUUUUAAUCCGACCGCUGAUUAUCCGACUGAACCUGUUGAAGAUGAACUUAUUCGGCAAUUAGAACAGUGGCGUGAGAGAUUACCGCCCAUGCUGCAGUUCGAUCCCAAAGCGCCUUUGACGCAUGCUGAGUCUCCUUCGGAUGCGCUCGUGACGGCCUGGCUUCAUGCCAGAUAUUUCGUUGCGAGGUAUCACAUCGGUCGACCACUGCUACAUCGCGCUCUAGAAAGACCGUCAUCGCUGACAGAAGGCCACCUCCGAAAAUGCCGAGACGCAAUAAACGCAGUUCUCGCAUGGGCAUCAGUCAUCCAAGUCACCAACUCAAUGAGAAGUUGCAAUCCCCUCAAAUUCUUCGUCUGUAGCCAAAUCUUUGGUCAGAUCUGCGUCUUCUUUGCACUCAGCGUAUCACCCUACCCAUACAUCCGCGAAAUCGCAUCAGACGUGGAUAAAAAAUGGACAUCUUUCGCUCUAGGAUAUCUGGAAAACUGCGCUUUUUACAGUCCGGCUAUUGAGCAGGAUUUCAAAAUUGCAAAGGUUCUUUGUGGGGACAUUGGAAAGAUUUGA